GCCACUCCCUCAUCCUCAAACUGGACGGUCUCCCCGGAACUCCCCACAGCCGUAGCGGCUGUCAACGUUUUAACAUUGGGUUUCGGUCCAAUAAUAUGGAAAAAGACGGAUGGAAAUACUGAUGACAGUCCGAAAGAUCGCCUCGAUUUGUACGAUGGGCGCCAAUGCCUCCGCUUUGGAGAAGGAGAUUGGACCAGAACAGUUUCCCGUUAAUGAACACUACUUUGGAUUGGUCAACUUUGGGAACACCUGCUACUGUAACUCGGUGCUGCAGGCCCUCUACUUCUGCCGUCCGUUCAGGGAGAAGGUCUUGGCCUACAAGGUCCAGCCCAGACGUAAAGAGUCACUGCUCACCUGUCUUUCUGACCUCUUCAACAGCAUCGCCACGCAGAAGAAGAAGGUGGGAGUCAUCCCUCCCAAGAAGUUCAUCUCACGUCUGAGGAAAGAAAAUGAGCUGUUUGACAACUACAUGCAACAGGAUGCCCACGAGUUCCUCAACUACCUCCUCAACACUAUCGCUGACCUGCUGCAGGAGGAGGAGAAGAGCCAGGAGAGACAGCAGAAUGGAAAACUGUUACAGAACGGAGGAGGAGGAGUUGGGGGCAGCAGUGGGACGGGAGGAGGACAGGGUGAGGAGGGGGAGAAGACACAGCAGACCUGGGUCCACGAGAUCUUCCAGGGAACCCUAACAAACGAGACGCGCUGCCUCAACUGUGAAGCUGUGAGCAGUAAAGACGAAGACUUCCUGGACCUGUCUGUAGAUGUUGAGCAGAACACCUCCAUCACACACUGUCUCAGGGGUUUCAGCAACACAGAGACACUAUGUAGUGAAUACAAGUACUACUGUGAACAGUGUCGGAGUAAACAGGAAGCACAGAAAAGGAUGCGUGUGAAGAAGCUGCCUAUGAUCCUGGCCUUACAUCUGAAGAGGUUUAAAUACAUGGACCAGCUGCAGCGCUACACCAAGCUGUCCUAUCGCGUCGUCUUUCCUCUGGAGCUCCGCCUCUUCAACACCUCAGGAGACGCCACCAACCCCGACCGCAUGUACGAUCUGGUCGCCGUGGUCGUCCACUGUGGAAGUGGUCCAAACCGUGGUCAUUACAUCACCAUAGUGAAGAGUCAUGGGUUCUGGCUCCUGUUUGAUGAUGACAUCGUAGAGAAAAUCGACGCCCAGGCCAUCGAGGAGUUCUACGGUCUAACGUCGGACAUUUCCAAGAACUCUGAGUCCGGUUACAUCCUGUUCUACCAGUCCCGGGACUGAACCAGCCAAUGGGAUUUGGACUCAGCAUAGGGAGGGGCUUGGGCUACCACAGGCCCCGCCCAGCCCACCAUCCGUUAUAAAUAUUCAGGCUUUACAGCAGAGCUUUGCACUGUGGAGCACCAGGAAGACGGAUGGAGGAUCUUCAGCAGACAGGAGCCAACGAUGGCCGAGCAACCCAUCAGUGUGACAGGAUAUGACUUCAUUAGAGAAGAAGAUCAGCGACCAGGGAUUGUUAUGCUUCGUCAUAGUCAUCAUCAUCCUAGUCCAGAUCGUCCUGAUGGUCUUUCUCUCUAUGAUUUGACGGUAGAUUAGAAAAUAUGUUUGCUUGGCUCGCUCGCCGCUUACAUAGCGUGUCGUCAUUACUGGUGUCCUUGUCAUACAUAGUUCCACUGCGGUGGUGUUAAACAGCAGUUUGGUUGGAUGAAAAGUAGAUCUGCCAUUUCCAGAAUGUUCUCCUCUGUUGUUGUUGGUUUGGAGAGUGGGGUGGAGAGAAGAGUUUGGUCCCUUUUUGCAGCUCAGCAGGCCAGUGUUUAUAUUAUGGUUUGGAUGCGAAAAGCUGCACAAAUAUCUGUUUGAAGGGACACGUGUGCUCUCUAGCUCCCCUCUGGCAACAACAGCAAACUACACCACACACACUACAAAACGCCUGCCAACCACAUAUGUAUGUUGUCUGUCUCCUAAUCAAGCAAGUUCCUCCAUUGGUGGCAAUGGCAGUGUUUCAAAUGGCACCCUAUUUAUUUAUCUAGUGCACUCCAAACGUACUGCACUAGAUAUGGAGUAGGUUCUCAUUUAGCUCCUCCACUUCCUGUCACCUGAUCUGAACCUUCCAAUCAGAGCCUGUUGUUUUUUGAAUGCACAAGUUAACCAAACAUAGCUGUUGUUUGGUCAUGUUAAAUAUGUGUUACACUGCCAGUUGGAGUAACUAACUUCACUCUUUAUAGGCUACGUCCCAAUAUCUAUACCAGCACACUGCUAAGUAUGCAUGCCCAAUAUAUUCUAAGUAGUAUGCUAGUGCAGAUUUUGGAACGGAACUGAUUUCUCUCAACAGAGAGCAACAUGGAAUAUGGCCCACUAUUCAUAAAGCUUCUCUGAGUAGGAGUGCUGAUUGAGUAUUGUUUUGGCCAUGUAGAUCGUAACCAAUAAGAUUCUUAUGGACAGGGACCUGAUCCUAGAUCAGAGGUUUUAUGAAUACAGUUCCUGAUCCGUAGCUCUGGACACGGGAGGUGUUUUAUAUAUUAUAUUAGCUAGGACUAGAGUGGGUCCUGUGUUAAGUUGAAUGUACAGUAAGGAACUGGCUUCUCAUUGGUUGGCCCGUACACAGGUCCUGGGGUCUCAACCUAUCCUGACCAGUAAUAGUUAUAUAUCUGCACUACAAAUGGCACACUAUUCCCUACACAGUGCACUAUUUUUUACUUUGGCUUGUAGGGUCUCAUAGGUGCAUUUGGAGUGUGGGAGAGUUAAACUCAUUAACUUAGGCCUACUGUGGACCUAUCUACCUAGUAAACACUAGUACACUCCUCUAGCCUACAGACUACUAUCUACCUAGUAAACACUAGUACACUCCUCUAGCCUACAGACUAC